UCCCCAGAGAGGCCUCGCGUUAGUUCUUCCCGCUGGCUGCAAUAUGGAACUGGAGGAAGAUCGGUUUCCGGAUGUCCCAGCGCUUCUUACACAGUGCGCCUUCUCUCAGAAAUACAGAGAAUACUUGCAGAAUGCAGGAAUAUUAGAUGGCCGAUACCGCGCACAGAAGCUGGAGGAGGGGACGGUGGCCCUUCCGGUGCUUAAAGAGAAGAUCACCGUGUCACUCCUGAAAGAGCUCAUGGAAGCUGUGGCCCCUGGAAGCUCCUGCAGGGAAACUUUGAUCAAGAAUCCUGUGCUCUCCAAGCGUGCCAGAGUUCAGUCACCAGCCCAAAAGUUACGUAUGGACCUGUGUGACCUGCUGGAGCACCAAGGGAUCAUCUGGAGGAGGAACCUGGAUCACGACCUCCCUCACUCAUGGCAGCGACACGGCGACUUGGUCGUUCUCAGCGAAGACUGCUUCUGCGAUCCUGUAUGGAAGCAGUUGGGUAAGUACUGGACCCGAAUCAUGCCGACUAGGGUGCAAGUAGCGAGUUCCCUCGGAGUGAAACGCGUGGCCAAGCAAAGUCGUGUACAAGAUGACGGAUGGAGGUCUCCGAAUGUGACCCUGCUACUGGGGGACGACGGAUGGGUAGAGCAUGUGGAUAAUGGCAUCAGGUACUCGUUUGACGUCACCAAGUGCAUGUUUUCCGCUGGAAACAUUGUGGAAAAACAGAGGCUGUCGGCGCUUUGCUGUGCCAAAGAGACCGUGGUGGACCUGUAUGCAGGUAUCGGAUACUUUACACUCCCAUUCCUGGUCCACGCCGAUGCAGCUUUUGUUCACGCCUGUGAGUGGAAUCCUCACGCUGUAGAAGCCUUACAGAAAAACCUGGAACUCAACAAAGUCUCACACAAAUGCCAAGUACACAAAGGAGAUAACCGAGAGUUCAUGUUGGAAGACGUGGCCGACCGAGUGAACCUGGGCCUCAUCCCCACAUCCGAAGCCGGCUACCCCAAAGCCUGUAAAGUCUUGAAGAAAAACUUGGGCGGAGUCCUCCACAUCCACCAUAACGUCAACUGUUUUCUCGGCAGCCGAGGACUGGACGCCGAGGAGGACACUUGCUGCUGGAGGACGUUGGCUUGGAGGAAGUGGGCGGAGUCGGCCGAGAUUAAAAUCAAGGCUAUGCUCGCAGAGGUUCACGGCACCCCGUGGCAAACUCAGAUUUUGCAAGUGAAGAAAGUGAAGUCCUACGCUCCUCAUGUGGACCACGUAGUCUUGGAUCUUGACUGCCGACCCUUGUCGGGCAUGUGAGGGCUUUUUUUUUUUUCUUUUGUGCGUGCAUACGGACCAUUAGU